AAGUUCAGGGCAAGUUCAGUGCAUUGUCGAAACGUGUUCGAAACAAAUUUGCGGACUUACAAAAAUAUAUUAUGUUAAUAAUUAUUUAUUGAACAGUACAAUUUCAUUUGUUGAUGAUAAUUUUCUAAGGAGACUAUUGAAUAAACCGUUCUUGGUCAUGACAAGUGUUCUGAAAAGCUUGUCGGGAAUUCUGCUAAAGGGAGUGGGAAGUCAAUUUGAAUUCGCGGGGAAUGGACCAAUCAUAAUCCAGUAUUUUGAAACAGCCAAUGAGAAAAUUUGUUUGGUCGCUGUUCAUCUCUUUGCCUUACCGUUCACUUUGUAAACUUUAUAAAAGCGAGGGAACUUUCAAUACAUGACGAUUGCUAAAGUUCUGCUUGUGUUAGACGGUUUCAAGUUUUGUUGGGUGUUAUUUUGGUGGUGUCAUUCUGCGUCGAGUGUUUAGCGACCCCGCAGCGCCGCCAGCAAGCAGCAGCAGCAGCGACGACCCCCGGUGUCCUCCGCCUGGCUUUGUCGUCGACUCCACUCCCGUCCGGAAAGCCACCAGCUGAAGAACGCACACAUCCGCCGCCAUGUCAGACGUCGAGCGCGCCGACGCCGAAGCAACUGAAAUCAAGCUGAAGGAGAAGUCUAAAGGAGGUCUGGCGUACGAGGUGAUCUUGGCCGACCCUGUAACAGUCACGCCGCCUAGAAGGCCCUCUUCGCCCAACAGCAAGAAUGUAUCUGUCGAAGAUAUUGAGGACAAGUUGAAAGCUGCUGAAGAGAGGAGACAGAUUAUGGAGGCUACCAAGAUGGCACAGUUGGCAGCCAAGAUGUCUAAGAUUGAGGAAGCGUCCAAGAAGAGGGAUGAGCUGGAAAGCGUGUUCAUCUCCCAGACGCGGGAGGCACUGGAGCAGAAGAUGGGCACCCACGAGGAGAAGAGGGAGGUGUACAUAAGUGAUCUGCGAUCAAAGCUGAAGGAUCACUUGGAGAGCGUGGAGAAGACUCGGGCAGCCCUGGACCAGCAGACGGAGGAGGUGAGGAACGCGGUGGAGGAGAAGUUGAAAAGCGCCGCCGCCCAGAGGGAUGAGAACCUGAAGAAGAUGCUGGAUCGCCUGCGGGAACACGAGGAGUCUGUGAAGCGCGUGCGCUCCACCAUGGAGGACAAGGUGGCUCAGCUGGAGCAGCAGAUCCAGACGCGGCUGUCGCUGGCCGAGGUCCGGCGCCAGGCCAUCGAGCAAGAGCAGCGCGAGAAGCUGCGUGAGCACAACGUGGUGAAGCUAGCAGAAGUGCGCCAGGCUGUAGAAGGUAACGAUAUCCUGAAGAUAGAGAAAACGGCCAAGGAGCUGCAAGACAGGUUGGAGGUCGCUGAAACGAACCGCGGGAAGGAAAUCCAGAAGAAACUAGAGAAAUUGAAGGAGAGCGAGCGCCGUGCCGAGAUGGUGCGCCAGAACAAGGAGCGACUUGCCUCCCAGUCGGAAGAGCAGCAGACCGCAUCCUCUGGCUAGUCGCCUCCUCGCUGCCGUCGCUCAACCCCUUUUCUCCCCUCUUGAACCCCUUCCGAGCAAGGAGCAUACAAAAAGCUUUUUUCAAAUCAGCCGCUUUCGUGUCGGGCGUGAAAAUAAGUGGGGCGUUAAAUCUUGUAAGUGUAAGGAUAUAUAUUUUUUAAGUUUGCGUGUAUUUUCUCUAACUAAUCGUUUUAAUGUCCAAUUCAAUUGAAAAAUUUUAAUGUAGUGCCCUUGUUUCAGAACAUAAUAGUAAACUGGCUAAUGGAAAAAAAAAAUUGUCUUAAGUGGUUUUUUGUGACAAUACUACUGAUAAUUAUUGCAAGAAUCUCAAAGGAAUUUUCUAGUUUAUAAAUGCUAUGAGGGGCACUAAUUUUUAAGAAUAUUUAAUCUGGAGGAAAGGGAUUACUGUUCUUAGCAGAGAGGAUUGAAGAUUUUGGGGAAAUCACUGCCUUUUUAAAUAGAAAAAAGGAUUACUUUUCCCUUCGAGGUAGUAGAAGGGACCACUGCAAAAGAAAUAUCCCAUGUAUCACCCAUCAUUGAAUAAUAUGUCAGUAUUUUAAAUGUUUUUCUUGGAUUUUGCAUCUGCCUGUAUCACAGAUGUAUUUUUGUCACAGUUGUGAAUGGCUGAUAAUUGUAUUUGGGGCUACGUGUUUCUGUAAUGCUUGCAGAAAGACGCUGUAAUCAGCGUUAAAUGUAUCGUGCUACAUUUCGGACAAGUUCUGAGCUUCGCGUUGGCGAGGAAACUAAUGAAUAUGCACAAGCUAGCUUCUGUGAUCCAUUUGUUGCAUGAGAAUCAACAUUUUUGAGAAGUAUUUGUUAGCGAACAUUUUUGUAGUGGAGGGAGGGGUUGUUUACUCUCCGUGUGCUUUUAUCGGGCAAGUUACAUAAUUUUUUUAGUUAUUUCUCACCAUUGGAAUGGAUCAAGACAAGCAGGUAGCGGGGAGAGAUUAGCGGAAACUCAACCAAGUGCCAUUAUAACUGGGGAGACAUUUCCGAUAGCGUAACUCAUUGGAACAGUGUUGUAAACCAUCAGUGUAUUGAAUGAGAAUUUAGAGACUGACUGUGUAGCCAUUCCUAAAUUUGUAGUGAUUUUAGGAUCUUUUAUAACUCCACCAUGCCUCCCCUCUAUCACUAACUCUCACUAACAACAAACUUCACUUACUCCCAUACCUAGUUGCCUUGAAAAUUCCUGUCAUUUCCCUAACCAAUGGGAUGGAUGUUAAGUCUUGCAGAGUCUUUUUUUGUGUGUGUUUCCUUGAAAUGUCUAUUUUUGCAUACUGUUUUUGUAGUUUUUUGCCUGUUUCAGAUGAUUUGGUUGUUUGUUUUUUAGUAGAUGAUCAACUUGUGCUUAGUAUAGAAGUGAGUAAGCCUGAGCAUUCUACACUGUAAGCUAGGUGAUCUGAGGUAAAAUAAAAAUUAGUUCUUACUGGACAA